CUGCCAUCUGAAGGUGUGACUUCGCCCAGAGGAAGAGCAUCAGAUGUGUAACCAGUAUGGCUUUCAAAGCUCCUGGACCCCCGCGUAGCUGUGGACAUGGUCCGGACCAGACUGGAGAUGUACACCAAGGCGUAGUUCUCAUGGACGCCGACGGAGGUGCCCGUGUUCUCCGCUUAGUCUCCGGGGAGAGUCGCCGGGCUCAGGCGGGCGGGAACAUACCCACUCCCGCCUCAGCUGGAAGAGACGCCCGUCCUUCUGCAGGUAAUAUUCCAAAUGUCAACAUCGAGCCGUCGCUGCAGCAACCAGCGAUGGUUCAAGCGUCAGCAUCUUUUGAAAGUCACUACAACUCUUCAGUCUGGGACCAGCCACUGGCAUCAUCUUCAGUCCGGAUGAGCCAGACGUCUCCCCCUGGCCCUCUCCUCCUUGGAUCAUCUUCAAGACAUCCCACGACUGUUCAUCCUUCCUUAUGGACUGGCCCAACAGAGGAGAUGCAGAGCCAGAAGGCGUUCCCUGGCCUCAUGUCUCACAUCUUAGAAAGUGGAAGUCAGAGCAGCAGCAAAACAAAGAAUAAUCCGGAAAAAACGGACAUAAGCAGCUACCAGAAGCCUUCUCUGAACACACCCAUUGCUUUAGACACACAUACACAUAACGAACUGCAAAAUCCCCUGAAAAGCGAAGAAUUUCCUAACGUAAGCAUAUAUCCUUUUAGUACUUGUAACACAGCCUUCGGCGAACCAAGCCACGCUGGUGACAAAAUCACAACGACAGUUAAGAAAGAGAAAGAGGAAAAAGAUUGGUCACUCCAGAGUAAAGAAGAGGCAAAGGCUGCUCUUGGUAAUCAGGAAUCUGAGAGAAAAGUAUCGGAGACGUUUCAAAAUCUGUGCGUCAUAUGCGGAGCGAAGUAUCGCACCAAGGGUGGCCUGCACUCUCACACUAUUUACAAACACAGCGACGAGAGACCGUUCAGAUGUGAGCUGUGUGGCGCUAGCUUCAAGGUUCACAGUAAGCUGACGAGACACAAGGUAGAGAAGCACUGUGACGACCGGCCCUACAUCUGCCCCGUGUGCGGCGUGAGUUUUAAACGGAAGGACAAACUCGGGCGACACAAGCGGACACUGCAUACCGGAGAUCGGCCCUUCGUAUGCCGCACGUGUGGAAAAGCGUUCAAAAGGAGAGAAGUUCUUCGGCAUCAUGAGUCCAAACAUUAUAACGGCGACAGUUUACCGUACGAGUGUCUGGAAUGUAGGAAGAGGUUUGGACGGAAGGACAAAAUUAAUGCACACAUGAGGAAGGUUCACGGGGCAAAACGGAGUGUGAACCUUGAUCUUUACAGUAACGAGUUCUCUCCUCUACACUCGACGUGUUCGUAGAAAAAAAAAAGAUUAAAAUAAGUUUACUUUCAUGUUACUGUAGUCACCUUAAUACAGUGAAAACAUUUAAAGAAACCUAAAGAAUAUUAGACCUUUUCUAAUCAUUAGAAUAUUUAGUGAGACGAGGCUUCCAGGCUAGAGGCUCGGUGUAUCGGUAAUGCACUAGCAGAUCUGUCUUACAAAUCAGUUCGACAUAUUCAAACGAAAUUUUGUAACCUAUUUGAAAGCUAACGACUAACAAAACUGUUGCAUGUUCGAAAUUGUUAUCAGAAAUUAGUCCACCAUGACCAUGGGUGAUAUAGACUACAAGAACAGGUAGUAUGAUUUGAAAGGUUCGAUGAAUGUUGUUUUUGUACAAACGUAAGAAAAUGUUCAUUAAAUAAUUAAGGAGCCUACUUUUUCCUACAUGAAGGUGUUUACCUUGACAUAACACCCGGUCAGUGACAUCAACAACCUAAUUAAUGUUUAUACGGUACCGGUGGUUAAACACCUCGGGAGCAUAAGUUAUUGUUAUGUAGGUAAUUCAAACUAACACGUUAAA